UGAAAUAAUUAUAACUCUUUAAAAGUCUUCUGUCGUCCAGCCCAUAAUCCAGAUCCCAGAGACUCACUUUAAAGAAAGCAUCAAAUCUGAUUCUCAAGAUGAAGACUACAGAAAAGAGAGAGCAAACACCAGAGAAGAAGAGGAGAUAUCAGCAGGACUCACCGGCAGCAGCAGCAGAAGAAGAGGCUCCUCGGUGCUGGGCUGGAAACUGAAAGCUGCUCUGAAUCAGAAACAGCUGAACCCCCCCCCCCUCUCUGAGGUGUGGCUCCAAACAGGAAAGACAUUAUGAAAAGACCAGAAACUAAUAUUCCUUAAAAAUAAAAGCAUAACUUUGUGUUUGAUAUGAAACCUGUGGCUCAGCUUCACUCAGAAAUACUCAGAUUCUAUUCAGUAAAUUAUUUUACAUCCUCAGAUGUAAAUAAAACCUCCUGUGAAACAUUCUGUAGAGAUGACUAAAACACAUGUAUUAUUAUUGUCCUACUUUAAAUACUAAACAGAAUCAAUAUUGAAUACAAAGAUAAGGAUAUUUAUAGAACUGUCGUUAAAAUAGGUUGUUGUAUUUUCAUUAAAAGCGAAGUAUAAAGGAAACGCCCUACUUUUAUUUUGAAGACCGGAAGCCCGUGUGUGUGUGUGUGUGUGUGUGUGUGUGUGUGUGUGUGUGUGUGUGUGUGUGUGUGUGUGUAUGUGUGUGUGUGUGUGUGUGUGUGUGUGAGCGAGCUUGCAGAGCUGAUUCACCUGCAGCAGCAGCAGCAGCAGCAGCAGCAACAAAGACCCUCAGGACGAAAGAGCAGAAACCACUGACGCUUUAUUUCCUCUACGGAAACAACAACAACAACAACAACAAGACCGAGACCAUGCAGAAGUCUAAAAGCGAGUAUGAGUCCUUCGUCUUCUGGAGAGCGCCGCUGCCGGAGCUCGACUUCUCCGAGCUGAUGGAUGUGAGUUGCGGGGCGGGACUAGCCACCAGCGCCACCGGGAAGGAGAGGAAGCAGGAAAUGGAAGUGAGGAAACAGGAAGAGGAAGGUGAGAUGAAGGAGUUCUCCUCCUUUAAUUACUGGAGAGCUCCGAUCGCAGACGUGGACACUCUGCUGGCCGACCUCAACCUGCUGCUCUGAAACAGGAAGUCACCAAAAUAAGAGCGUGGUGAAAACAGAGGCGGCUCUCUGAUUAUCUGGUUUCAUAUCUCAUCUCCAGCUCCGUUCCUCUUUGAGCUGUUUCCUUAAGCUGAUUAUCCACUACUUAACAGCAACUAAAAUCAGUCAUUUCCGUAAACAACAACAAACCCAAAUACUUAGACAUAAGAUAAAAAUGUGAGGAUCCAACGAACAGCACGAAGAAACGUGUUCAUUUGGUUAGUUAAAGAUGUCGAAUAAACUAUAGCUCUGUUCCUGCAGGAUCCUCCUUCUGAGGCGGACACAAUACCAGAAACACUGAUUCAUGUUUUCAUUAAGAGAUCUGAGUUUGUGUUUGAAAAGAUUGACUGUGUUUACACACACACACACUCUCUCUCUAUCCUGUUCCUGCUCUUCAUCCAUCACCCAGUAUUCCUGAUGAUCUGUGAACAGGGAUAUUACUGAUGAAAUUCAGCCGUCAAAACUAGAUUUCUAACUCCUCCUGUGUGUUUAGCAGAUGCCGUAAUAAAAUCAUGUUUAUAAAGUGUGGCAGUGCUGCAGUAUAAAGUGAGGCAUUGGUCUGAAUGUAAGCAUGUCUAAAUAAUGCUCCUGCCAUAGUGGAUAUUUUUAUUCAAUACAGUAAAACUCUACCAUACACAGACCUGAAAUCUACAGUAUUCACAUUUCAGAACCAGAAUAUUCCCAAUAAUCCGAUGCAUGUAAACACAGUCCGGGACGUUAGAAGGAGAAAUGUUUUUCUGUCACUUUAGGAGGUGAUGCGUUCAAAGCCCGAGAUUGAAGAGUUUCUGUUUCCAUUUGUGCCUUUUUAGUUAUCUCUAAACUGACUUAUUACCACUGUCCCUGAUCAGCCUGAUUAUUUAUUUUUUCAUUUAUUUAUGUAUUUAUUAUUUCUCAUGUGUUACUGAGCAGGCCUCACAUCUGGUCAGAAUGUAAAAACCUGCCAACAUUAAAUAAAAUAAAGUCUCCUUUUUGAAUCAAAACAA